GAAUGGCCAGCUGGGGGCGGGGAGAGAACCGCGGGCGGAAGGAGGUGCCAGCCCUGAACCGGCUCUGGCUCCCUGAGCUCUGCCCAGCGCGGCCCCUGGACCCGUGGGGCCGGCAGCUCCUGGGCAGAGGCGCUAAGCCAGACAGAUUCCAGAUCAGGAAGCGCUGCAGGGGGCGCGAAGACGGCCUAGGAAUUAGACCAGGCGGCCAAGAAGAAGAAAUCAGUACCAGUGAGUCUGGAACUGUCCCAAGCAGCUUCUUCAUAUGCCCAGAUCUGCUGUGCUCUGACUUCUAACCUGCUCAGAAAGAUGGAGUCGGUAUCUCUUGAUGACGUGUCCGUGAACCUCACGCAGGAUGAGUGGGCUUUGCUGGAUCCUACUGAGAGGCUCCUGUACAGAGAUGUGAUGCUGGAGGCCUGCAUGCACCUGGUCUUCGUCGAGGUUUUCGCUCGUGGAAAAGCCAGUGGUGCUCUAGGGGGUGACGUUAAAUUGUUAAUUAUUGAAGACAGCCCUGAGAGGUUCAUGAGCAAUGAUUCCUGCAAUGGUUUUGGAGAGAAGCGGAUGUUGCCUGAUGCUGGUGACCAGCAGGAAAUGCAGAAGCAUCGACAGGAACUCCCCUUGCUGGACAGCCUCGGUGACGGUCACGGAGCUCCCAAGGGAGCCAGAGGAACCCCUGAGGGAGCCAGAGGAACCCCCGAGGGAGCCAGAGGAACCCCAAGGCGAACUCGAAGAUUCCCUGCACCCCAGAGUCCUGUUGCCACAUCUUCUGAGGAAUGUUCUUCCCCCGAGGAACCCCCAGCACCUCCCCACGGCUCUCCUCCAGGUGAACAGCCUCAGGCGGACGUCUGCGGCCCAGCUGCCCAGGGGACCCCCGCUCCCAACCCGGGUGUCGUUAGGCGACGCACUCGGAGGGUCACUGGCACCCGGAGCCAGCCAACAUCCCACGAAUGCAAAGUGUGUGGGGAGAUCUUCAGUGUCGCCAACCUGCUGACGCGUCACAUCCGGGAGCACCACGAGGAGACGCCGUACACGUGCGAGCUCUGCGGGAAGGGCUUCCGUUUCCCCUCGUACCUGCAGGCUCACGUUGAGACCCACGCUGACCUCGAGAAGCCCUUUAAGUGCCCCGAGUGCCCCCAGACGUUCAGGUACCCCUGUAAGCUGCGCGCCCACGCUAAGGUGCACUCGGGGGUCCGGCCUUUCGCCUGCGAGCAGUGCGGGAAGAGCUUCAGGUCUAGCUGGAAGCUGCGUCGGCACAGCUGGACCCACACCGGGGAGAGGCCCUACGACUGCCUCGAGUGCGGGAAGGCGUUCCGGGAGAGCUACAUGCUAGCCAAGCACAUGCGUAUCCACACGGGCGAGCUGCCCUACACGUGCUCGCAGUGCGGGAAAGGCUUCCGCUGGCUUGACAGCCUCCAGAUCCACCAGGUGACGCACACGUCCGAGAGGCCCUUCCAGUGCACCGUGUGCGGCAAAGCCUACCGCUGCCGCUCCUACUUCAAAGCCCACCUAAAGACUCACCAGGCGGCCCAGCCCGCGGGCCAGACACAUGCGAGUCCAGCGCCCCCCGCCUCUGCUAUGAUUGCGCCCCCGAUACUGUAACCUCGCCUUCGUCGUGAAGUCCUUUGUGCCUGUGGAUCCUGUCCUAGGAGGGGGCGUUGGGGGAAAUUAUGUUCAAGUGAUGUCAUGUUUCUCGUCUCUUUGUUUGGAGGCCAUAUCCGGUGCUGCUCUGGGCAGAUUCCUGGCUCUGCAGAGAUCAGUCCUGUGGGGUCUCAGGGGACCCUGUGAUAUGUCCUGAGUCCCCCUGGGUCAGUUGCUGCAUGGCCAGUGCCCUCCUCUUUAUUAUGGCUCCGGCUCUGAAGUUCUAAUUUAUUGUAGCUGCUGUGUGAUUUCCACUACUGUUCCAGGUAGGGUUUACAAGCAUCAAGUAUUUCAGAGAUUUUUCUCUCUCUUUUUUUUGAUGGACAGGGGUUGAUCCUCAGGGUUCCUACUGUCCUGCACUUAGGGAUCACUCCGAUGGUACUUCGGGACCCCCUGGGGUGCUGUGUAUUGAACCCAGGUUGGCCGCAUGCAAGCUGGGCUCCCUGUCCACUGUCUUAUUGCUCUGGGAACACUGAUGGAGGCAAAGCUGGCACUGACCACGGUGACGAUGCCCGCAGUGUGGACGACCCUCCCCCAGGGGGCCCAGAAAGGCCAGGCUGAUGCUCUGCCACUGGACCGGGACCCGGAGAAAUGCACUUAACGAAGGCAGGGAGAGGGUGGCGGGGGUUGGUAUUGAUUCAACACAGUGAGUCGGAUCCCUUCUCAGAUCUGGGUUUCAAAGAAGCUCGUUUUUCUUCAUGCAGAAUCUUUGUCUCAUCAGAGUGUCCUGUCAGCUUGGUCACUAUGGUACACAUCGGUGGCUGGUCAAUUGGACAGUAAUCCUCGUAGCCACUUAGACCUGUGCAUCUACUUACCCUACUGUGUCAAUGUUUAGAGAUGUUAGUGACUCUACAAUAAAUAUCCGUUCAUAAUGAA